AUGCCAAAGGACCCUACGGUAGCAUCAAUUUAUUUGUUGCCCAAGGUCCACAAAAAUGCCAAAUGUCCCCCUGGCCGACCGAUUUUGUCAGGGUGCAAUAAUCUGAGUGAGCCAUUGUGCAAAUAUAUUGAUUUUUUUCUUUCUCCAUUAGUUGAGAACUUGCCGUCUUAUCUGAAAGACACCAAUGAUGUCCUACGGAAAAUUAAUCAUACACAAUUGGAUGAAAAUAUGCUCCUCGUUACGUGUGACGUGGAGUCCCUUUAUACGUCCAUUAGACAUCUGGAUGGAAUUGAAGCGGGUACGUCAAUAGAAUUGGAAGAAUUCAUUGCACGACUUAACUGCAAUUCCAUCAAUAUCAAAUUAACAUACUCCAUUGGUAAGCCCUCCAUUGAUUUUUUGGACAUAAAAAUUGAUGUGGACGAACAGGGUUUUAUUACAACUGACCUUUUUAGGAAGCAAACUGCGGCAAAUAUGGUCCUUCAUGCAACAUCAGCACAUCCUCGUCACCUGAUAAAUAACAUCCCGGUGGGACAGUACAUACGGGCUCGGAGAAUAUGCUCCAACGAUUUCAACUUUGAAAAACAAGCCAAAGAUCUACAGGGCAAAAAGAAGAACAUAGUGCACCCGGACAAUGAGAACAUGAUUAGACUUAUUGUGGACCAUCACUCUAGGACAUCAGAAGUACGCGGCAUUGAUCGCGUGUACUUUGACACAAGGGGUGGAGACUGGAAAAGGGCUCUAGCCAAAAAAGAAACGAUGUGGAUGGAGAAGUUGCGAGCAAGGUCCCCAUAUGGACUAAAUGAGUACAACAGCUUUGCCCCUUUCCUGUGA